GCAGAUUGGUAUACCUCUGAUGACGGCGCGCCUUGGGACUCCUAAAGACGCCAGAAACAUCUCUCAAAAAACGAAGAUGUCAGGUUGCUGUAGCAACAUCACGGCCAUCACUUUUUUCCUACUGCUAGGAAUGCAGAUUAUCUUUGUUGAUUCAAGGGAUUAUCAGAAACAGAAGAGAUUUACACGAGAUGACGUCUGUAACGAAACAGUAAACACAAUGAAAGACGUUAGUGAAUGUCCUCUAAACGAAGAGUCAAUGACUAAAAGGUCAAAGGGAAUGAGGUGCGAGGAAACCCAGGACUUUUGUACCGCCGAAAAAUUAGUGUAUCACUGUGUACGGUAUGGAAAGAAACUCAUCGAAGUGUGUGCUCCGAGAAAUUAUAUAACAGGAAAAUGCUGCGUUCAAUUCAACGUUGGAGUUGGCCGUAUUGUAGAGGAUUAUAGCGUCCCUUGUUCCGAGUGUCCAUUUCAUUACUAUUCCAAUGAAUCGAUAUCUUACCAAACAUGUCUUGAGUCAGUUAAGUCUGUAGCUGCUGUAGAAAGAACCAAGAUGACAACAAUUGAGACUAGUACUGUCUCUAAGUCUACACCUGAGCCAAGACCUAAGAUUCCAUCUUAUUUUCCAAUAUCAACGGGAUGCAGAUAUGCAACAGGGCGCCGUAAACGAUCUGUAACCUGCAGUGAAUUUAGAACAAAUACCACUGACGAAAACGCUGAUUACAUUCAUUCCAAUGAUACAAACGUUGUUGAUACUGAAGUUACAAGGAAUGUAUGGACGUAG